AUGGAUGUUGAUCGCUCUGCCGUCGUGCAGGCUUUUGAUGUUUUCUGGCAAUUCUUCACUCCCAUUGAGCAGGUCCUGCCGCGCACCUGCUUUGCCGAUGUCAAGCUCGUCAUCAAGCAAGUAGACAGUGUGCUUGACAAGGGCUUCGCCAAGGAGAUCGAUGCGAUGAAGGAAGACUUCGGCUUGGAGACUCUUGAGGACAAUGCCGACUUCGCCUGGUACCUGCUGAGGCCUAUCAUCGAGUGGGCAAGCAACGAAACCGCAGUAUACAAGUUCUGUGACUAUAUCGAAACAGGCCAGCAGCCUUCGUGA